AUGUCUGCCGGAGGAGGUUACAAUUAUUCAUACAUUUUUAAGUACAUAAUUGUUGGCGAAAUGGGCGUUGGUAAAAGCUGCCUGAUGCACCAGUUUACGGAAAAGAAGUUCUUUCCCGAUUGUCCUCAUACAAUUGGUGUCGAAUUUGGAACUCGUAUAAUUGAGGUAAACGAGCAAAAGGUAAAGCUUCAGAUAUGGGAUACUGCGGGACAGGAGCGGUUCCGGUCUGUAACGAGGUCGUACUAUCGCGGAGCUGCGGGUACCCUCCUAGUCUAUGAUAUAACCCGUCGAUCAACAUUCCAACGUAUUCAAAAUUGGCUUAGUGACGCUCGAAGAUUGACUUCGGCCAACACUGUAAUGAUGAUGAUAGGGAAUAAGUCAGAUUUGGAGGAACAACGUGAUGUUUCGUAUGAGGAUGCGAAGGCAUUAGCAGACGAAAAUAAUCUUAUGUUUCUGGAAUGCAGCGCCAAGUCUGGUGAAAAUGUUGAAGCCGCGUUUCUGGAAACGGCGAGGAAAAUUUAUCAGAAUGUUCAAGAGGGGAGUGUGAACCUUAACAGUGCGGAGGGUGGUGUGUUGAACAAAAACGCCUUCCAGGUGGGCGCUUCGGCCCAGUCGACGAUGGGGACCGGAGGGAACGCAUCUUCGAUCGGUGGCUCCGACGGUUGCUCCUGCUGA